AUGGCACAACUCAACGAGAUUCGCGGUCGUCUGGCUUUGAUUACGGGGGCAUCCGGCGGGAUUGGAGCCGCAUGUGCUCGCCAGCUCGCUGAGCGAGGCGUCCACCUUGCGCUGACAUAUUCCAGCAAUGUGACCGCCAUCACGGCGUUGGUGGAGGAACUCAAGUCGAAGUACGCGGGUCUCCGCUUCUCCAUCCACCAGGUGGAUGUGGCCUCGGCGGAGCAGAUCCAAGCUAUGUUCGAGCAGAUCGACCGCGAGCACGGCCAACGACCCGAUAUUCUGGUCUCGAACGCCGGGCACGGCAAACGCAUCCCGCAGGUGUGGGACAUCCCGCUCGAGGAGUUCGACUACACCAUCAACGUCAACCUGCGGGCGUCGUUCAUCCUGGUGAAGGGCGUCGUCGAGCACAUGAAGACACAGCGCUGGGGACGCAUCGUAUUUAUGUCCUCGAUUGCCGGGUAUGGCGGCGGGAUCAACGGCUGUCGUGAACUAUGCUGCGUCGAAGGGCGGCAUGACGGGCAUGAUGAAGAACCUGUCGACUCGACUGGCCGAACACAACAUCAGCGUCAACGACGUGGCGCCCGCGAUGAUCGGGGACACGGGGAUGAUUCCCAACGCGCAGGCCAUCCCCGAGGUGGCCGCUGGCAUUCCCCUCGGUCGACUGGGGGUGCCGGAGGAGGUGGCGAACGUGGUGACGAUGCUGGUGACGACGGGCUACAUGACGGGGCAGAGUCUACUGCUGGCCGGGGGAUUGAAGUAGCAGUGAAGUGCCUUCUGAAUUUAUACACCAAUGGCAUCACCAGGAUGACAUUUUUCAUCUAUACUACAACCUUUCGCAAACGCCCGAUCGCCAUUCUCCAACGACACGCGAUGCGUGACGACCUUCUCCUCGACGCGGGCAAACUUGCCGCUGGCCAUGAGGGCAAUAGCGGCGGGAUAGGCAUGGCCGUCGUAGCGGAAGACGCCGAUAAUAUCGACCUCGCGGAGGGCGGCAGCCCCGACGGGGAGCGUCUGCACGGGGUUCCCCAUACCGAUCUGGACGAGCACGGCGCCGGGGGCGGCGGCAUAGAUGCCGGCCUGCACGCACGCAGGCACACCCGUGCAGUCGUAGACGCGGCUGAAGCCCACGGGUGCGAUGCCGUUUGCCUCCUUGAGGGACGCAGCGAUGCGCUGGGCGUUCUGCAGGGCGAAGGCCGUUUGGUCGGCGUGGGGCGCGUCGCGGGGCGGCGGGGUGCCGCCGGCGGGGUUCUUGGGGAUGAGGAAGGUCUUGAUGCCGAGGCCGAGGGCGUCGGCGAUGGCGAGGCGGGCGGGGUCGAUGUCCGCGACGACGAUGUCGGAGAAGCUAGCGUUGACGGCGAGGGCUCCGGCGAGGAGGAGGCCGAUGGCGCCGGCGCCGAAGAUGAGGGCGGCGGACGGCCCGUUGAGGGAGACGGCGAGGUCGAUGUCGGCCUUGGAGGGCGGGUUGGAGCGGCGCAGUGCGUGCAGGCAGACGGCGAGCGGCUCGACGAGGGCGCCGCCGGCGAAGGAGACGUUGUCCGGGAGCUUGUGGCACAUGUCGGCGGGGUGGUUGGUGCGCUCCAUCAGGGUGCCGUCAAGAUGCGGGAAGAUCUUCGCGCUGCUGCGGAACUUCAUGUCCGGGCAGAUGUUGUAGCGGCCGGUUUGGCAGUAGGUGCAGGCGCGACAGGGCAGGCCGACCUCCAGAGCGACGCGAUCGCCGGGCUGGAGGCUGGUGACGUUGGGGCCUACGGCGGUGACGACGCCGGAGGACUCAUGGCCCAGACACAUGGGCUCGCGCACGACAAAGUCGCCAUUGCGGCCGUGCGAGUAGUAGUGCAGGUCUGA